GUUCCCAGCCUUGUGUCCUCCCAAUUCCUCCCAUGCCACUGGCGCCAUGUGCCGUGCCAUGCACCGCGAGACCCGCCGCGGCCGGUCUCGCGGUGGCGCGACCGCCGCGGGUCCGAGUGGGGCGCCGGCACGCGCCGUGGUGCAGCGCCGUGGUUCCCGUGAGCGCCGUGGGUCACAGGCUUUGUGGUGCCUUCCGGCGCUGCGAGCGGCGGAGACGUGGCCACGGUCGUCGCUCCUUGAGGCCGGCCUCCGGCGCCCGGUCCAAGCUGGUCGACGUUGAGGAGAUCGAGCUGGAGCGGCCUGCGCUUUACAUGGUGGCCACGUGCGGAACACCCGGUUCCGAGCCAUCGCGUUGGCCUAUUGGAAAUCUGAGCGACAUCACCCUGAGAGCUUUGCAAGUCCUGCGGGAGGUCGAUGUGAUCUUCGCAGAGGAUACGAGGACCACUGGUUUGCUGCUGUCGCGCUUGGGCAUUCAGUUGAACCAACGACUUCUGCUGCCAUGCCACGCCUUCAACGAGGAGCAAGCAGGACAAAGCCUUCUGCGGAAGCUUCGUGACAACCAGUGCGCGGCGCUGGUCUCGGACGCUGGGACGCCCUUGAUCUCGGACCCGGGCUACGCGGUGGUCCGCGCGGUGCGUCAAGGUGCUCCGCAGGUGCCCGUGCGCAGUGUGCCGGGCUGCUGCGCGCUGGCCGCCGCGCUGAGCGUGGCGGGGCUGCCGUGUAGCCGCGUCCUCUUCGGGGGCUUUCUGCCGAGCGGCGGCGCCGCGCGGCUCGCUGAGCUGCGGAGCCUUCUGCGGCAGGCCUCCACGGGCACCCUGGUGCUUUAUGAGGCGCCUCACCGGCUGUUGAACACCUUGGAGAUGCUCCGCGACGAGCUCGAUGCAGAAGACGCGCGGGAGCUGGCCGUGUGCCGUGAGCUCACCAAGCGCUACGAGACGGUGCUGCGAGGCACCAUUGAUGAGAUCCUGAUGGAAGUUCGAGAGAAGCCGGAGAAUCAGAAGGGCGAAGUGGUUCUCCUCGUGGCCGGGCGCGCCGAGUCCGAGCGCGGUCCGGCCGUGGAUGCCAUGGAGGUGCUCCGGAUCCUGAGUGCCGAGCUACCUGAGAGCCGCUACACCAAGCCGGCGAGGGACGAACGGGGCGCUCCUGGCCUUACUACUAGGAGCAAGAAGCUACGUGGUUAGCAAAGGGUCAUUGUAGUGCUUGAUGGCAGUGAACUACAUUUGCCUUUGCUCCUUUGCUCCUUUGCUCCUUUGCUCAGCUGACUGAGAGUCUUUAGCUGCGGUGCUAAGCUGUACCUGAAAUAAUAUAUAUCCAGCGAUGGCCUCCAACCUAAUUAAUCACUAUGGUGUAUUGCUCCAUGCGGAUGGUGCCUUUUCUGCUUUUGGGGCUCCGAUUUCGUCCUAGGCCGGGCGGUGGCCUUGGCGGCCAAGAUUGCCGGCGUGCCAAAGAAGACGCUGCGGCUCGCGCAGCACGCGCGCGCCAACGCACGCCCAUGAGGCUCCGUUGCGGCCGCCCAGCGCCUCACAAAAGGGCGCGUCCAAAAGGGCGCUGUGAGCGGCGAUCGAACGGCUUGGGCUUCGUCGCUGGUGUUUUCGGAUCGCCGUGGAGGUGUCCAAGAGGCUUUGAUCUCAAAACCUCUGCAUCGGCCUUUUUGCACCAGUUGGGACUCAAUUCGGAGCUAGUUGGGACUAGUCGAGUUGGUUCAUGGUCAACAACGUG